AUGUUGUUAAUUCUUGGCGAUAAGUCCUUUGAAAAGCCGGGAACUGCUGCAAUGAUAGGAUACAUUGAUUACGUUGCCCAUCGUCUUAACAUCAACAAGACGGAGGCUCUCUACCUUCUCGUUGAGUACGAUUGGAGCAAGGAACGAAUCGAGGCACAUAUUUAUGUUGUGAAAGCAGUCAUGGCUUACUGUACCAGUUGCCAAUGGGAUAAUAUGUUCUGGAGGGCGGACUGCAGCGAUCCCCACUACCUCGCGUGUCUUGAAGCGCACCUAGAUCUACAACACAUGGCUGGAGUCCUUCUUCCUACUUGCCCGUUGUGCUGUACCUUCUUCAAUCCCCUUUCUUUGAUCCAAUUUCUUCCAUCGAAAAAGCAAUAG